AUGGAUUUACUACCUAAUUUUGUUGAGUCUUUACAAUCUGAUAGUGAAUUUUUAAAUCUUGAAGAUUAUUAUGAAACAUCUGACAACUAUGAAACAACUGAUAAUGAGUAUUCAAGCCCAGUAGUUUCAAGCAAACAAAUAUUAAAAAAAAAGCAAAUUUGUGUUGGUGGUUUUACAAUUUUUGGGGGAGCUCCACUUAUUAAAAAAGUAGUACAAGAACUUUUUCCAAAAAAGUUUACAAAAAAGGCAAAAUUUUCUUAUAAUAAACUUACUUUAGAUCAAUUAAAAAGACUUAACGAUGAAUUAUUAGCAAGAUCUAAGUAG